UGGGAAUCAUCCCAGUAAUUCACUCAAGGCAAUUUAUAACAACUCUGCCUACAUGUCUUUAAUACACCUGAUGCUUUAUCGAUAAGUGACGUUCGUGCAAUCGGUUUUGAUGACAUAUCCACAGCGAAGAAAAAACAAUUGCAUUUUCAAUCUGACAACAUGAAAAUUGCUUUUGUAAAUAUAUAGUGCUAACUGAAAAUAACUCCAACAAUAAAUAAAAGGCCAAGUUACCGUAGUCGCUCAUAAUAACAACCUAAUUUUAUCCCCAGCGAAUUAUCGAUUAGGAUACGAUUUUUGUUGUUCAGAAAACGAGUCGUAGAGCGAAUCACAAAAAGGCCAGGUCGACAUACUUGAGGUUGCGCAGAAAUGUCAUCCACAACGAAACCUCGAAAACAACCAACUGCUAUUUCGCGGAUGAAACAAGACUAUAUGCGGCUGAAACGUGAUCCCUUGCCAUACAUAACCGCCGAACCAUUGCCGAGCAACAUACUUGAGUGGCAUUAUGUUGUAAAAGGACCAGCAAAUUCACCAUACCAGGGCGGAUACUAUCAUGGUACUUUGCUGUUUCCGCGCGAGUUCCCUUUCAAACCGCCCUCCAUUUAUAUGCUGACACCUAACGGGCGCUUUAAGACCAAUACGAGACUUUGCCUGAGCAUAUCUGAUUUUCACCCUGAUACUUGGAAUCCUACGUGGUGUGUAGGCACUAUACUCACCGGCUUAUUAAGCUUUAUGUUAGAGACAACACCGACACUCGGUUCAAUCGAAUCGACACAAUAUGAGAAGCAGCAAUAUGCAAAAAAAUCGCUUGCAUUCAAUUUAAAAAAUCAACACUUUCGUGAAUUAUUCCCUGAAAUUUGUGAGGAAAUCAAUAAACUCUUGGAAGACGAACAGAUUUCACUGACCACGGCGAAUGGUGAUUGCAGGACAAAUAGUAAUAGUGAAACAAUCAAUGGUGAAUUAAGUGGGCGAGAUGGCAAUGCAGAUAACGCACAAAAUAAGGGAAGUGGCUCAAACAGUACAGCGAACUCUUUAUUCAAUUGGCAGUCGAUUUAUUCAAAUUUAAUAAUUUUAAUAAGCUUUGCAAUAUUUGCGCUAAUGGUAAAUUAUGUGAUCAAGAAUAUAAACCAAGAAUAAAAAUCUAUGUAGAAAAACUUACCAUUACCCAAUUCCACACCUAUUAUGCCCUUUGAUAUAUAGGCGAGUUAUUAAAAUUGUAUUUCAUUCCUCUACAAUACAUAAAAAUAUAUAUGUAUGUGUAUUAAAUAUAAUAUUGUAUUAUAAAUAAUACAACGCUAGAAUAUAAAUUAAGCAAUAAACUUUUAUUUGUAAAUAUUAGCA